AUGGCGGCGGGUAAUGGCGGCGCGGCGCUGAGGGGGGGAAGCGCCGCGGCCGGCCCGCACCGCCGCCAUCGCUAUCGCCAUCACCUUCCGCCAUCGCCCCGCGCCGCCGGCCGGAGGAGGGAGGGGAAAGGCGCCGCUUCCGCCGCGGUGGGGCGGGCCUGGGCGGAGAGCGGCGGCACGGCGGGGCCCGGUGCGGCCAUGGCAGCGAACCCCAUCGUGAUGUCCAAGCAGCGAGAGGAGGUGGUACGCGGGGUGCCGACAGAGGUGGUGUGCACAGCGUUCUCCAACUCCGUCCUCGUGGUAGUCACGCAGUACGGCAAGAUGGGCACAAUCGUCUAUGUGGACCCCAACACAGUGGGUGACAACGUGGGCAGGCCCUCGCUCACCACAAAGGUGCUGCUGGGCAAGGACGAGCCCCUCGUUCAUGUUUGUGCCAAAAACCUGGUGGCAUUUGUGUCUCAGGAAGCUGGGAACAAACCCGUUCUUCUCGCCAUGGCUUUAAAGGACAAGACCAUGGAAGGAAUACAAGCUCUACGGGAAGUGAUCCGAAGUUGCCAAGUGUGGUGAAGUUGUGCCAUCUGGAUUCAAGGAAAUGAUCUUGAGUCUGUGACUCAUCACCACCUAUUUAAAAGGACAAGAAAUGAAAAUGAUGGAAUGUCUUUGGUCUGGUUUUGGACGAACUGAGGAAUUUCAUGAAUUUUUCUCUACUGUGUAGAACAUUUGUGGGUUUUGUUACUGUGACAGGUUUGCAGUCCAUACAGUCAGUGAUGAGACGACGGCAAUUGUCUCAACAUACAAGAGAAGUGUUAUUUUAAUCGCACUGGGUGGGCUGUAUAUUUGGGAAGUGGCGUGGCUCUUGCGUUUGUAUCCUGAGGAGCGAUGGAUGCCAAGCUCUGGAGCUACGCUGCACCACAGAGGGGGAACACCCAGUGCAGGGCGAAUAAAAAGAAACAUUGACAAAUCUAAUUUUACCUGUUUUCUUUUUUGCUCUGUGAAAAUUGCUUCAGUUGAAAUACAAGCCUGUAACAAAUCAACAGCAGUUGCAUAAUAGGAAAGGUUUUCUUGCUUGUUUUUAAGGAAAUGAGUCCUGUACGACUGCUUUUGUCCUUGUGUCAGUCCCUUUCCUGAUGCAGUCGGAAUCCAUUUUCCACUUUCGCUCUGGUUUUAAAGAGAGGCAGAUAAUUAUGCUCUGCAAAUUUCAUGAAAGCUGACAUCAGGGUGGAAGACAGGAGCCCAAUUUAGUGGUGAGAAGGAGAUAAAUAAGAGCUGCUUAUGCAUUACGUGGUACCAGCACAUCAAAGAGGCAGCACAUACCUCAGUGGGUCCACUUGCAAUGAGCUGUCCCUCUCCUGAAGCAUCUGUCAUGGGAGACAUGGGGACAAAAGUGUUUUGGGGGGUUACACAUGGGUGCUUCUCCCAAGUCUGUUGAAAUAAAAGCGUUCAAUGAAGUCA